UCCAUGUGCAUAUGGAACCAUUCAGAACGUAUUUUUGACAUAUUUAUUUGGUGGUUAGGCAUACAAUUGUAAUGAUAGAAAUUUGCUAAAUCAAAGCUCAUCAAUCCAUUACAAUUGAUUAUGUCGACACAAUAUAAAAAGUUUCUAAGAUUAUUAGAACAUUGGCCAGUUGAUAGCACAAAACCGGGAAGAGAUCUUGGUGAAUAUUUGCGGAAGCAACUGAAAGCAUCUUUAAGGGCCGGUAACAUUUCAUCGGAUGGUGACGCGUAUAUGGAGCGGCAAUUUCAAGCUCUCGAGCGAAUUUCAAAUAACAUUCAUUACGACAAAUAUAGCCGGUUGCGUCAAUCAACCGCCACUGGACUGACAAACGAACAGUGCAAGAUUUUAAUUUCUGACACAUCAUUGAAAUAUUUUGCUGAACAGCAAAAAGGCGGUCUAUUCGCUAGUUUUUUCAAGAAUCAACCCCAAAAGUAA